AUGCUUCGGCCAUGGCGCGUCAGCGGUGCAUUCCGCUUCUAUUCAUAUCGCCCAUUGAUUCGUAGCGCUCAAUUCUUCGAUUCGAGUCGCGCCCUGCAGACAUCGGUGCCAACAGACCGUGUUCCCCUGCGCAAGCAACUCAAGCAGGAUGCCAAGGGCCUCAAGGCACAGAAAAAGCUGCGCAAGGAAGCCGAGGAGGCCUCGAGGCAAAAAUGGGAAUUAACCGUUGGAGUGGAGAUCCACGCACAAUUGGACACAGAAACCAAGCUGUUCUCUCGUCAGUCCAUUCCCAUCGCUGAUGAAGGUGGUUUUGGCUCACCCCCGGGAACAGGAGCGGCAACAUCUACGAGCGACAUCCCCAAUUCCAACGUUUCGCUAUUCGAUUUAGCGUUUCCGGGCAGUCAGCCGGAAUUCCAAGCGGCCACCCUCCUCCCGGCCCUGCGCGCUGCCAUUGCGCUGAAAUGCCAGAUUCAGCCCGUCAGCCGGUUUGACCGGAAACACUACUUUUACCAGGAUCAGCCGGCGGGGUAUCAAAUCACACAAUACUAUGAGCCGUUUGCGCGACAUGGCUACGUCGACCUCUUCGACUACGACGGCAUUGCCCCAGAAGAUGGCGACCGGGUCCGCGUGGACAUCAAACAGGUCCAGCUGGAGCAGGAUACCGCCAAGUCCCAGGAAUACCCGCCCUCGACGCAGCUGCUCGAUUUCAACCGCGUGUCCCACCCUCUCAUCGAGAUCAUUACGAUGCCGCAAAUCCAUACCCCCGCAACAGCUGCGGCCUGCGUCCGGAAACUCCAGGCUAUCCUACAGUCGUGCGGGGCGGUUACAACGGGAAUGGAACUGGGCGGGCUACGGGCGGACGUCAAUGUCUCGAUUCGGCGCCGGGGCGAAACAGCAGAACUGUGCCAGUACAACGGGGUAAGCGGACUGGGUCAGCGUACCGAGAUCAAGAAUCUCAGCAGUUUCAAAGCCGUGGAAGACGCCAUCAUCGCCGAGAAAAACCGGCAGAUCGCAGUUCUCGAAAGUGGGGGCGUUGUGGAAGGCGAGACGCGAGGAUGGACAAUUGGUAGCACGGAGACCCGCAAGCUCCGAGGCAAAGAGGGUGCGGUCGACUACCGUUACAUGCCCGACCCAGAUAUCCCGCCGCUGCGUAUCGGCGAAGACUUGAUCUCCCAGCUGAGCGGUGAUCUCCCAGCCUCACCAGACUCGCUGGUUGCGCUGCUAGUUGGGCCCGAGUACGGUCUCCCGAUCGACGAUGCCAAACCCUUGAUUGAGCUGGACGACGGCGCUCGUUUGGAGUACUACCAGGAUGUGGUGGACAUCCUUCGUGAGAUCCAAGUAGACUCAAACGCCCAAAUACACGCCACGCUGGCGCGCAUGGCCGGCAACUGGGUUCUGCACGAGCUCGGCGGACUCCUCACCAAGACGGACCGGGCCUGGGACGCGGACAUUGUCCCGGCCCAGUCCCUGGCCCACCUCGUGGACCAGCUGCAGCAGAAACGCAUCACUGGAUCCACAGCCAAGCUGGUGCUGGCCUCGGUCUUUGACGGGGACCGUCGACCGAUCCCGCAGCUUUUGGAGGAAGACGGACUGUUGUUGCGGCCGCUUUCGCGCGAGGAGUACGUGGCACUGGCGGAGGCUGCCAUCGCCCUGAACCCGCAGAUGGUCGAGCAGAUCCGCCAGAAGAACCAGCGGGGCAAACUGGGUUGGUUCGUGGGGCAGAUGAUGCGCACCGGCGAGAAAGGACGGGUCGAAGCGCCCAAGGCAGAAGAAAUUCUGCGGGAGUUGAUUCUGGAGAAGUAG